UUACCCGACCCACCACGAUGACAUCAGUCUGGCGCCAUUCCACACUGUCAUGUUUGCUAUCGUUGACCUGUCUGCCCUUUGCCUGUCCUCACAAACAUACAUCGCGGCUCCGAAAGUGGGCUUUAAAUUCUGCCCAGCUGCAGUCAGUCUUCGGUCUUGUGAUCGCAAGCCUCGAUCCCGAGCUAUUUAUAAAUGAAACGGGAUUCAAAUUGGGUAUAAAUACUGGCACUGCUAAGCACCCAGGCAGUGCGAUCCUCUCCUGCCCCCAGGCAGCUGUGAGCGGGACGGUCGAGGGCUCACGGGGCAUCCAACGCAGAGGCUCGCUCCGACAGCCCGGCAUGGCCUUCCCGUGCCCUCCGUCGCUGGAUACGUUGCUGUCCCGGCACUGGAAGGACCUGCAGGAUGGCUUUUGCGACCCAGAUGAGCUCAACAAAAUUCUGGAGUUCCAGAGCGAGGAGCUGCAGUGGACAGCAAAGAAGCGUGGCCUGUGGUCCCUGGACUAUAAGCGGGAGCUGACGAGCCCGCUGCGCAUCGCGGCCGCCCAGGGCUACACCGAGUGCCUCCGCUACCUGCUGGAGAAUGGUGCGCAGCCCAACCUGCUGGCGGGCGGCAAGGCCGCACUGCACGAGGCCUGCGAGAACGGCAACACCGACUGCACGGAGCUGCUGCUGGAGCACGGAGCCAGCCCUGGCCUACUGACCGAAGAUGGCCUGUCGCCGCUGCACCUCUGCAGGACCGCCCAAACCCUACGCCAGUGUCUAACUAAGUACCAGCAUUUCUUUCUGCUGGGUUCGUCAAGUUCAGAGAGGGACACAGAAGGAAAGUUCCGGAAACGCUGUGCCAAAGCCCUGGUCCGCUGUGGCGCCAAGGUGGACCAGGCGAGCGAGGAGGACGGGGAGACUCCGCUGCAUGUGGCUGCUCGUCACGGCCUGCUGCACCACGCCCAGCUCUACCUCCGCUACAGUGCCGACGUCAACCAGCCGAGCGGCUCGGGGGAGACGCCACUGGGGACGGCAUGUGGCUCGGCCCGCAGCCCCGAGCUCCCGGAGGGACACCUGCAGCUCUGCCGGCUGCUGCUGACCUACGGCGCUGAAACAAGCAGUGCGGACGAGGAGCGCCGCACGCCGCUGCACAAGGCCGCCCGCAACGUGCAGCUGGACCUGGUGCAGCUACUGCUGGAGCACGGAGCCGACGUCAACGCUAUCGACUACAAUGGCGCCACGCCGCUGUCCUGCGCCCUACAGAGCGCCACCAUAAGGGCUCAGCAGCACCCCCACCGGGUGGUACGCACCCUACUGAACCACGGCUCCAUCAAGGUGUGGCCACUGGCCCUGCUGAAGGUUCUCGCCACCUGUGCUGCAGCUCCAAAGACAGUGGAGGUCCUUUUUAAUUCCUACAGCCAGGUCCCGGUCACAUACAAGUGGAAGCAGAGCAUCCCUGAGGAGAUCUACCAGGUGCACCAGCUGUUCUAUCAGUCCCUCUUUGACCUGGAGUACAGGCCCCGCUGUCUGCAGCACCUGUCUCGUGCCGCCGUCCGGCAGCACUAUGGCAAACACUGCCACCUGCUGGUUCCCCAGCUCCCCAUUCCCAGCCUCCUCCAGCGUUACCUCCUUCUGGAGCCAGAAGGCUUCAUCUAUUAAGCCUCUCUGAAGCAGCAAUACCUACAUGAACACCAUUGGCUCACACUUUUCCGUGGGUAUGAUUUGUAUGUCCAGCACAAUUAUUACUUACUAGUAAUUCCUUACCGUUUAUUUCAACAGUUAAACGUUGUAGAAAAUGCUCCGAUGAAUCUUUCUUCGGUUGCACUUCUUCACCUGCAGGGGUCACUGUGGGUUAAUUUCAUUACAUCAGCUUUGAACUGUGUUGUUACUGUAUUUCAGAUGAUCUUUUGCAUUUAGUUUAAAUACUUACUGUGUUUUGUAAUUUAAUAUUCACUGUAUUUUAUUAAGCAGAAUUUUUAUAUAUAUUUCAUACUGCUUACAUUGAGUUUGUUUGAUAAAUCUAUUUCUUUUUGUGCCUUUAAUUACCAUCCAAAUAAAGUACAUACUGAAGGAA